CGCAUUCGGUGGAAAGCAAUGGGUGCAACACCGUGUCCGUAUGGCACAUCGGCGUACAUGGUUGGCCAACUCAUUCCACUACUCCAACACACCCAUGCUCUGCAAGCCCGGGGUCCGUGGUGUUGCAGCCCCGUCUGUACCGGGUUGCCCUUGUCGUCCGCUAUGGCGGGGCCGGGGUUCUUGCUGGUUCUGGUUCUGGUUGUCGUUCUCGUUCUCGUUGGCGUUCUGGUUCUGGUUCUCGUUGGCUUUGGCGUUCUCGUUCUCGUUGGCGUUGUCGUUCCUGCGCCUCCCGCUCGAGGUAGGCUGCCACCACCGCGUUCCGGCGGAGGGUCGCCUCGGCCAUUUUCCGGCGGUAGAGCGACCGCACGUGCCUCGCGUAGGCCUCGUCCUCGGCGGCGAUGGUGCGUUCGCAUUCGUAUUCGUCGUUUUCGUUUUCGUUGUCUUUGUCGUUGCUGCGUUCGUUCGUCGCCAGCAGCGGGGAGCGGCAGCAGGGGCAGGAGUCGUUGCACCGGUAGCCGCCCGCGGGUUCGGUGGGCCGGAGCAGCCAGGCCAGGAUGCAGGCCUUGUGAAAGAUGUUGUUUCCGCAGCAGUCCCUCGGGCCCGACACGAUGGUGGUGUCGUUUUCGUUUUCGUUUUCGUUGACCAUGUCGUUAACGAUGUCGUUGACGUUGUUUUCUUCUUCCCCGCGUUGGUGUUUGUCGUUGUCCCCUGGCUUGAAUUCCUCGAGGCAAAUCGGGCAGCAGCGGGGACGCGGAUCGUUCCCUCGGUUUGCAUCCUGCUCYCCCUGCUGCUCCCSCUGCUGCUCUCGUGGGUCCCGGUYCCACCGGAUGGUCUGAAAGUCUCGUAUCCGCAGGGAUUGUUCGAUCCGCCACCGCCGGGCAAAGAGCUCCCGGCGCUUGCUGUGGUACAUUCGCCUGCUUCCGCGGCGAUGGCGGUGGCGGUUGCUCUGGCUCGGGCUCGCCCCGGUGUGGAAGAUCCUUCGCAGCGGGGCAAACAACCAAAACACCCACCCCCACAGCGCCGCGAUUCCCGACAGGAGCAGGCAGAGGGCCACCAGGAGGGGGAUCGUCACCAACCCGGCCGCCCCCCGGGAUCCGAGGGCGAGCGCUAGCACCACCAGGGGGACAGCCACCGCCGCGCGCGGGAGGCCGGURMUGUCCGUGYUKGUGUUUGUGAUUGCGUUGGUGCUUGCGUUGGUGCUCGCGAUGCUUCCGGGCCCGCAAACAAUGGCGCCAACAGCAUCGCCGGGGGCUGCCUCGGAGCCCGCGCCCGCUUCCGCGCUUGGAACUGUUACCACCGAAGCGGAAGCGGAAACCGAAACCGAACCCACCGGAUCGACGCCUCGCAACAGCAAACAGAACACGAAGAACACCUUCAUGUCGUGCGGGUCGCUUGCCGAAUUUGGAUUCGCUUGGUCUGGUCUGGUCUGGUCUGGUCUGGUCUGUGUUCUGGUCGACUCGACUCGACUCGAUUCGAUUCGAUUGU